AUGACUUCCUUGGUCAAGGCGGCCGUUCUGGCUCUGGCUCUCUCUGCUCAGGUCGAUGCCGCUCAAUACUUGUUGGUGGAUGAUUUCUCCGGGCCCAAUUUUUAUAACAACUUUGACUUCAUCACUGUAAAUGACCCAACUGGAGGAUUCGUCGACUACCAAACUCAAGCUGCAGCGCUUUCCAAAGGACUGAUCGGAUACAAUCCAACAGCAAAGCGAUCAUAUAUGGGAGUAGAUUCCGCAAAGGUCCUAUCACCAGUUCAGAGCGCCACAAAUCGCGGACGUGCAAGUGUCAGAAUCGAGUCCAAGAAGAAGUACACCCGAGGCAUGUUCAUCGCCGACUUGUACCACGUACCACAACAAGCGUGUGGAGUCUGGCCAGCCUUGUAA